AUGUCACACAUAGGCAAAGACAACACCUUCCAGCCUCCUGGGCAGCCCCAGAGCCAACCGAAGCCUGGCCUCGAGAAGAAAAUGGCGCCCCCUAGUGAGUCUACCAAGCUGGAAUCCCCCGGCGGGUUCACCGAGUACGUCGGCUCGGGGAAGCUCAAGAAUAAGUCGGUGUUGAUCACCGGUGGAGAUUCCGGAAUCGGUCGCGCAGUAGCAGCAAUGAUGGCCCGCGAAGGCGCCAACAUCACCAUCGUGUACCUGCCGCACGAGGAAGAUGACGCCCAGUACACCAAGAAGCUGGUUGAGGCGGAGAAGCGCGACUGCGUGCUGUUUGCGGGUGACUUGAAGGAUCGCGAGACGUGCCGCAAGGCCGUCGAGACGCAUGUGCAGAAAUACGGUCAUAUCAACGUCCUCGUCAACAACGCCUCGAAGCAGUACAUGUGCAAGGACCUCGCCGAGAUCGACCUGGAUAAGGUCGAGGAGACCUUCCAGACGAACAUCAUCCAGAUGAUUGCGAUGACCAAGUUUGCGCUGCCGCAUAUGUCCAAGGGUGAUGCGAUUAUCAACAAUACCUCUGUCACGACCUUCCGCGGGUCCAAGAGCAUGGUCGACUACGCUGCGACCAAGGGCGCCAUCGUGGGGUUCACGCGGUCGCUGGCGGCGCAGCUGAUUCCCAAGGGUAUCCGGGUGAACGCUGUUGCUCCCGGCGCGGUCUAUACUCCCAUCCAGGUUGAUACACGCGAGGCGGAGGAGAUGGAGGACUGGGGCUCGCAGAAGCCGCUGGGUCGACCGGGUCAGCCCAGUGAGGUAGCCACGAGUUUCGUCUUUUUGGCGAGCGCGGAUGCGUCGCUUUAUUAUCUUGCAUUGCUACCCGCUCGGGGACUAGAUAUGAUAUGA